AUGGAAUUGCCUGUCCCGGCGGAACGUCGUGUCGAAAACGCCAUGGAGGGCUCCGAAGGUCUUCGAAACUAUAUGGAGGAGCAGUUUGCCAAGCAAACGAAGCUAUUGCAGGAUGUGCAUGUCAUGGUGAAAGCAACCAAUGACGCGAUGCAGUCUCUCAUGAUUGGUUCGGAUGACAUUUUGCCCGCCGUCUCUGGCAGAUCCAGCGGAUCGGCCCAAGGGGCGGCCGCCCAGGAGGGAGAUGUGGGCGAGAUGUCUAUCGGUGCUGCUUCCUGGGCGGAUUUGCUCGAUGCAAACGGAGAACUCGAUGAACAUAAGAAGCAGGCGGUGAAGAUGACCAAACAACUGACGUUGCCCUCCGCGUCCUUCGAGGUCUCCUCUAACACAUUCUCCAACGGCGUGCAGUUGCUGAUCAUGCUGAACCUUAUCAUUCUUGGUGUUGAGGUGGAUUAUGCCGCCAACUUGCAGCCAGGGGCGGAACCUCCCAUUUUCGAGGUCACUAAUCAGAUUAUUGUGAUCUUAUUCCUCAUGGAGCUCUUGAUGAAGUGGGGUGCCUAUGGUUGCCGAAACUUCUUCUGUGGUCGCGAGCGCCUUUGGAACAUCUUCGAUUUUGUCAUUGUGGGUUUAUCUCUGGCAGAGACUGGCAUGGAGCUGCUUUUUGAGGCAUUCUUCAAUGCAGGUGAGAUGAAUUCCAGCCACCUUCGAGUGAUGCGCUUCGCACGUUUGGCCCGCGCCCUGCGCGGCGUGCGUGUGAUCCGCCUGCUGCGCUACAUUGGGUCCCUGCGGACUAUCGUGUUCUCGAUUGUGAGCACCAUGAGCUCUUUGCUCUGGACCUUGGUACUUUUGGUGAUGAACAUUUACUGUUUUGGUGUUUUCAUCACGCAGUUAGUGACGGACCAUUGCAGGUAUCAAGAUGACCCCGCAGAGUGCCCGAAUUCCUUGACCAAGUACUGGGCUUCCGUGGGCAAUAGCAUGUUGACUCUCUACCUGUCGAUCACUGGGGGCCUCAGUUGGGAGUCAGCACUUCGGCCACUGCAAGAGGUGAACCCCCUGGCAGUGAUCAGUAUGUUGGUUUACAUCACGAUCACGAUCUUUGCCGUUUUAAAUGUCGUGACCGGUGUAUUCUGUAACACUGCCAUCGAAAGCGCGCGUGCAGACAAGGAUAUUGCCAUCAUGAAGCAAAUGCACAAACAUGAGGCCCAAGUCCAGUCCUUGCGGGAAAUUUUCAAUGAGAUCAACAAUGGCAACACAUGCGUUGUUAGCCUGAAACAGUUGAAGGAGGCUCUUCAAAGCAAGAAGUUGGCCUCCUUUAUGCAUUCGAUGGACAUUUCGACGCAAGAUAUCUGGACUCUCUUCAUGGUCAUCGAUGCCAAUGGUGACGGGCAAGUGACUUUGGACGAGUUUGUCUUCGGAUGCAUGCAGUUGCAAGGCCCAGCGAAAGGCCUGCAAAUGGCCAGGAUGAGCUACGAAAAUACCAUGAUGAGAGAAGAGAUCAAGAAGCUUCAACACGAUAUGCAACUCAUGAAGGUCAUUUUGAAACAGCCCCGUUCGCGAAGUCGAAUCCAGUGCGGUUGUUUCACAUAUUUUCACAUCCUGCCACGGUGUCAAGACCUGGCCACAAAAAAGGUUCCGUGGCAGGUCCAGGAGCAGCCGACUUCGCAAGUCAGCGAGCGCACUGCACUCGGGAAUCGUGCAUUGCUUCGCGAACUGCGCCUGGAAGCUCCAGUCCGCGCACCUCCGGCCGAAACCGUCAUUCCUUCACGCCGCGUUGCCGGCGAUGCGAG